AUGGAAAUAAUGGAUUCUGAUAGGAAUACUAUUAAAAUAGGCGAUUACGUUGUGGUGCAGAGGCAAGGCUAUACGAAGUUACACAAACUAAAAGCUCACAGUAAACUAAUUUUGGGUUCGUUCAACAUCGAAAUGGACAAUAUCGUUAAUGAGAAAUAUUCCGACACGUUUCAAAUGAAAAACACGCCCGGUAAUAAGAAGCACUACAUUUUGGAAAAGGUGCAACAAAUAAAUUCGCCCGUCGAAACGCUAAACAUCGAAAAAUCCGGCUCCGAUAACAGACACAUAACCAACGAUAACGAAAUCUCGCAGGUAUUAACCAAAGAGGACAUAGACAAAUUGAAGGACGAAGAAUUAAAUUCCAACAACAUCGUCGGACAGCUCGUAAACAAUUCGAAAACGUUCUCGAUGAAGACCGAAUACAGCCAAGAAAAAUACAUCAAGAAAAAGGAGAAGAAAUAUUUCGAAUACGUCCAAAUCAAGAGACCUACCAUUCGAAUCCUGGCGCAAAUGUUUUACAGACAGGACCCCACGAAAACUUUAGGCAUAAGAAUAGAUGAUUUAUCUCAAAUACUAGCGUACGCCAACAUACAUUCCGAAGGUAAUGUUGUUCUAUACGACAGCGGUACCUCGGGAUUGAUGUCGGCAGCUCUAAUGAACGCUUUAGGUCAUAGCUCGACGGGCCAAUUAAUUCACAUGCACCCCGGUAACGAGUGCCAAAGAAACGCUUUCAUUGCCAUGCAGUUUCCUAAAGAACAAAGCGAGAGGUGCAUCAACGUGAAUUUGUACUCGGUACUGAGGUGCUUCUAUCAACAAAAAAAUACGUUCCAAGAACAGGAAGAAAUAGAGGAACCCGAAGCUAAACGACAGAAGACUGAGGAGACAUCUGCUCAAAAAAAAUCAUGGCAAUUAGACAACGAAAGGGCCUGUAAAAUUCUAAACGAAAAAGUCGAUUGUUUGAUAAUCACGGCGAAAGAGCAUCCAGUUAAUAUUGUGAAAGAAUUAAUUCAGUUUCUAAACGGUAACCGAAACCUCGUAGUAUUCAGACGCACCCAGAAGUAA